AUGGAGUACUUGAACCAGACUGCUGGAGGUGCAUGCCUGGACUUCGCGAACUACUCGUUCGCCAGCUCGCCUGGGAUUUGCCUGGGCGGCAGCUCUUGCUGUGACGAUUGCCUUGGGCUGUGCGUCUUCGGCCACGCGGGGGAGCGCAGAAGUUGCAGCGCCUCAGCCAACGGGCUGCUGCGAUUUUGCCCUUGCCAUCCCCCUGAGGAGGUUCAGGAAGCCAAUGUCGCCGGCAUCGAGGUGGCCGCGCACGUUCCUUUGACGCCCUACCACGAGGAGGUGACGAGGCUGCAGGUGAACGAGUCAUUGGAGGAGGCCAUGCUUCAGGCAGCAUUAGCUGGGCGCUUCGUCUUGCCGGACAAUGCCUCGACGUACGGGCAAUAUUUGGAGGCACGCAACGCCUCGCUGUCGGAAAAUGACACCAAUGACACCUUCCAGUGGAGCUCAUCAUAUGUGGGCCUCAGGGCCUUGGACUUGAACGUGACGCCAGACUUCAACACCACGGCCCUUACCUCCAACUGGCACAUCACCUGGAGGUACGCGCUGCAGCAAGGCCCAGAGACCGCCAGCGUUUGCCCCACGGGGAUCUCGAAUUCCAGCUGCUCCUUUCUGAGGGCCUACCUCUUCAUCAACGGAAAUUUCAUCGAGGAGAUCUUCUUUUGGGCCUCGGCAGCCUCUUCGGCAACCUACGAUCGCUGGAUCGACAGCGAAGCGAUCAUCGGCAGUAGCGACACCUGCACGGGCUGCAAGAACAUGUCUACGGCUGUGACGCUGAACAAUCUGGCCGACAACCAGGUUGCCUUGCUGUUCGAGCAAUCGGAUACCUCCACUGCGCAGAGGAUCUUGGCGCUGCAGCAGCUGCGGUUCCUGCCCACCUGCCAAGUUGCCACGCAGGAUACAUCCACGUACCGCUACUGCAAGCCCAUGGAUGCCAUGCCCACCUGGGAUAGGUCCAAGAUCCAGCAGACCUCCUUGUACCACUGGCAGCGUGAGAAGCUGGAGGUGAUCGCUUUCGCGAACCCUUUGCGGAUGAAGCACGACCGGGGGACCGUCCUGGAGACGGUGGUGAUCACGGUGAACGGCACCACUUUGAACCCCAUCGACCUCUCGGAUACCUCCUUCUUCGAUUUGGACGCCUUCGGGAUCCUCAACGGCUCGAACGACACCACCGACGAGACCAACGAUACCAACGACACAGCGAACAGUACGCGAAGGCUGGGGCUGCUUUUCUCGGAUGGAACGGACCUCGAGGCGCUCAGCUCUUCGGAAGAUCUGCGGGUUCUGAGCUCCGGCGUUGCCGCGCGCAGAGGCAGUGCCGCUGAGGUGGCGGCGAGGGUGGCUGCCAGGGACCAGGAGCCGCCGCAGAUUGUGGCCGCGGAGAUGGCAGAUGGCCUGGGGGACCUGCGCUUGCUCUUCAGUGAGAGGGUGGUGAAGGCCCAAGAGAACUUCACUGCCACCUUCCGCGUGGUGCCUGGGGCUCACAGGCGCCUGCACGCGCACGGCCUUCGCCGCGUUCGGCGGCUGCAGGUGGACCUUUCGCAGAGAGGCAAGCUCUUCAUGGAGGGCAAGGGCCGUUCGGCCAUCUUGCAACUGCACGACCUCCUGAUCCAAGCGGGCUGCGAUGCGGGGCCGCAGCCUUGUCAGGCUGUGCUGGAGCUGCCGGAGGGACUCUUCCAGGAUCUCAACAGGAACCCCUCCAAGCGUCAGUCCAUCUUGCUGAAGGACAUUCGCCCACUGGCCAGGAGGCUAGGCAGCCUCCCGGAGUCCGAGGAACCGGCCAAAGACAAGCGCCGCAAGCUCUCAGGAACUGGAACUGGCACAGGUACUGGCACCGGCACCGGCACAACAGUGGCACUGGCACCGGCACCGGCACCAUAG